UACUAGUCAACUACGUUGUGCAGCAACCAGCGACAGUUUUGAGAGGCAGGAGGAGAGCGGACUGUUUGUUUUCAUUAUCAGCCGGUGCUAAGCGGGAGCUGCUGCCUGUUCGUUUUUGUUUCUGCCUAUCCAGUGUUAGAAUUAAGUGUUUUCAUGUUGUGCAAUUUUCGGUGUUUGUGUGAAGAAUUCCAACUGGCGAAUCGCAUCAGUUGGCCCGGAGGGUCAUCGUCCGCGACGACACCCUCUGCUCCGUUAGCGCCAACUGUUUAGAAAAUGACCGGAGAGAAGAUCCGCUCCCUGCGCAAGGACCACAGGCCGAGCAAGGACGAGGAUUUACUGGAGCCGGACGAGGAGGCUGCGACUGGGACCUUCACCGCCUCCAAGUCGAACAACAAGAGCAGAGCGAGUAAAAUCUUCAGCAAUCACAAGUUAGUCAAGUCGUCGUCCACACAACAGCAGCAACAGCAGAACCAGCAGUCGCAGAUUAAUGCUAACACCAACACGCUGUCAACAUCGGAUGUUAUCGAUGACAACAACAAGAACCCCAUUAUCCGAACUGGACAGGACUUUCCGGUGCACGAAUGUGUGUUUAAAGGAGAUGUCCGACGCCUGUCUUCGCUCAUACGGACGCAGAAUAUCGCCCAGAAAGACAUCCACGGAAACACACCGCUGCAUCUCGCUGUCAUGAUGGGGCACAAAGAGUGUGCCCACCUGUUGUUGGCCCACAAUGCACCAGUGAAAGUGAAGAACGCUCAGGGAUGGAGUCCCCUUGCAGAGGCCAUUAGCUACGGAGACCGACAGAUGAUCACAGCCCUGCUGAGGAAACUGAAGCAACAGUCCAGGGAGAGUGUGGAGGACAAGAGGCCCAAGCUGCUGAAAGCCCUGAAAGAGCUUGGUGAUUUUUACUUGGAGCUUCACUGGGACUUCCAAAGUUGGGUGCCUUUGCUCUCCAGAAUCCUGCCUUCAGAUGCGUGUAAGAUCUACAAGCAGGGAAUUAACAUCAGAUUGGACACUACACUGAUAGACUUCACAGACAUGAAGUGCCAGCGCGGUGACCUCAGCUUCAUCUUCAACGGCAAUGCCAUCCCCUCCGAGUCUUUUGUUGUGCUGGACAAUGAACAGAAAGUCUACCAGCGGAUACACCACGAGGAGUCGGAGAUGGAGACAGAGGAGGAAGUGGACAUCCUGAUGAGUAGCGAUGUUUACUCCGCCACACUCUCCACUAAGUCCAUCACUUUCUCCAGGGCACAGACUGGCUGGCUGUUCAGAGAAGACAAGACGGAGCGCGUGGGAAACUUCUUGGCAGAUUUCUACUCUGUGAACGGCCUGGUGCUUGAGUCCAGGAAGAGACGGGAGCAUCUGAGCGAGGAGGACAUCUUGAGGAACAAAGCCAUCAUGGAGAGCCUGAGUAAAGGAGGAAACCUCAUAGAGCAGAACUUUGAGCCGGCAAGGAGGCAAUCUCUAACUCCCCCAUCACCCAACACCAUAUCCUGGGAAGAAUACAUCACUGCUGACAGUGGAAAAGCACCUCAUCUAGGAAGAGAGCUGGUCUGCAAAGAGAGCAAGAAAAACUUCAAAGCCACGAUAGCCAUGAGUCAAGACUUCCCUCUGGGCAUUGAAUCGUUGUUAAAUGUUCUGGAGGUGAUUGCACCCUUCAAGCACUUUAAUAAACUCAGGGAGUUUGUGCAGAUGAAGCUCCCCCCUGGCUUUCCUGUGAAACUCGACAUCCCUGUCUUUCCAACGAUCACAGCCACGGUGACAUUUCAGGAGUUUCGCUACGAUGAGUUUGCCGAGUCCAUUUUUACCAUUCCCAAUGAUUAUAAAGAAGACCCUAGUCGCUUCCCUGAUCUUUAACCUCUGGAGCUGGAUAUAAAUCUACAACAAGGCAACUUUAUACUACAAAACAUUCUUUUUGAAAUAAAAAAGGAAAAACGGAGGGGGAAAAAGAGCAGUAAACACUUCUUGAGAGUUUAUGGAUUCCAUCACCCAUCCAGACCCUGACAACAGACAGCAACAAAACAACCAGAGAUAAACAUGACAAAAAUAGCAUCGUCAGACCUGGUUGAGGCCCAAUAUGCCAGAGAUAUUGAUAUCUGAUGAGUGUGAAUGUCUCAUCAGUGAAAGGGCAUUGAAGUUAAAGUGAGUGACAGCAGGGCAGGUGAGUUUUCUGGAUACGGGGUGUGAGUAGGAGACAUUAAAAGACAACCUGUUCAGCUGAUGCUAUGUAUUUAAGUAUGUAAGUUAUGUUUUUAAAGGGACUGUGUUUAACUGACCUGUAGUAAAGCACUGAUAUUACUGUGUGAGAUGUUAGGGAGGAAUUCCACUAAAAAUUCGUUUUUAGGUUCUUUUCCUACUUAAGUAGACUUUUCAAAAAAUCUCAAGGUGCAAAGUCAUUUUAGUUUUGUGAUAUUAUAUAUGAGAUAUAAGGUCAAUAAAACAUGACCGUAUAGUGUAUAUAAUCCAAUGCACAUCUCUUAGACAGGUGUGCUGGAGAAUAAAAUUACAGGUGUUUACACUCACUUCUUGAACAUUAUCAAAUUUAGAAAUGUUCCCAAAGAUGAACUUAACUCUUGUCAUUUAAAAUUCGCAAAACUGAAAAUCAGUUUUGGAAAAUGUUAAGCUGUUACUUUUGUAGGUUAAAAAAAACUAAAAAUAAUUUUUUGUUGAAUUCCACUUUAACUCUGCACAUAAUAAAAUUGUGUAUGUGUUUGUACGAGAGUGUGUGUGUGUGUGAGAGAGAGAAUGAUUUUCAUGGGCAUGGAGUAGCAUCACUGAACUUUUGGGCUCUAUUUAGGUCCACAGCAGUGACUCUACAUAUACACUCAUUUUGUGAUACUCGACCCUGCAUUUGAAAUAUUACAAAUUCACCAAGGCAACGCUAAAAAAUGCUGCAGAUUUUUAUGGUACCACAAAGUUUUCUCUUUGUUUGUUCAAGUGGCAGCGAGUGUAAGUUAUGAUGUCCAAGCCUUUUGUUUCUUACUUCACCUUUGUAAACUAUGUAACAAACUGUACAAUCCUGCUGAAAGAAGACGAUUGUACAGAAAGUAGAUGUUAGGGAAUGAAUGAGUAUGACAUUCAUGCCAUUUUUACACAUAACAAGAACCAGGCUUUUCCCCUGCACAGUAUGUAAAUACAUGUUUUAUGACUUAUUGCUUUUGUCUUUUAUCUUACAUUUUCCUUUUAUUUGUGCAGAUGAGUUUAAGAUGUCCUCUACAAGAGGAAGAGUUAUGGACAUUUUUUAAUGUAGUAUCAAGAGAAAUUCGAGAGUUAUUGGUUUGUAACAUGGUGGCAGUUGCUAUUUUUGUACAUACUUGUGUUGUUUUAAAGGAAAAAAUGAAUCUCUUAAUUCUCCUGUCUUUUUUUCCUCAUCCCACUUCUGGACUACACUAUCUGAUGAACUUUAUGAACCUCCUUCAGAUGUGUGGAACCAACAAUCAUUUCCAUCAUGUGAAAAAGCACAAGCACCAAUUUUUUUAGGAAAAGUUAAUUCUGUUAAAGGUCUGGAGGUGUUCUCUGGAGAAGUUUAAUGAGUCUUUAUAGCUGCUGCUAUGGUCCAUGAGCUCUUAAUGAAGUGGAAACAUACAGGUGUUUCAGAGGAUAUUAUGCUUGGUGGCCGGUGGCUCAAAGCGUUGUUCAACAUCCACAUUAAUAGAACAAUGUGAUUAUUUAUAUCCAUAAUCAGUAUCAUGAUAACCAAAUACAGUACAUUUAUUUAAUAUUUUAACAUUGCAUUCUUCAAUUGUGGCUAGUGCAGCUAAUGGAAGUGCGCCUCCUCACCUACAUAAUGCUUUAACCUACAUUUUACUUCAUGCUCCUUGACUUCAGCUGCUUGAAUUUUACAUGUUUUCUGUCAGAAACUAUUCAUCAUCUACAUGUCCGUUGUACAGCAAAUACUGUUGUAUAAGUCUGCUACACUAUUUUCAUAUAAAAUGUACUAAAAUAAAAAUUCCACAUAUCCAACUUAA